GGAGCUUGGUGGGAGAAGAAGGGGAAGCAGAGGACGAAGGAGAAGAUGGAGAGGGAAAAUAUUCAAGAGCGUGCUUAUCAGGAUCUGGAAGGCGAAGGCUGCUCUCCAACGCUUCGGUUCCAAGAUUCCGGCAGCGAAACUGGCCGGAGUUCCUCCCGGAAAGGUGGAUGGAUCACCGCUCCUUUCCUCAUAGGGAGUGCGUCGGCGGCGACCGUCGCCCUCUUCGGGGUGACGACGGACCUGUUGGUGUACGUUGAUCAGAGGUACCACAUCCAAGGCAUCAAGUUGGCGCAGAUGACAAACACCAUGACGGCUCUCAUCAGCCUCGCUCCUGUUGCCGGUGCCGUCUUCUGCGACUCCUUUCUUGGCUGCUUCCGCACCAUCUCCAUCUCCCUUCUCCUGUCUUUUGUGGGGACUCUUGCCCUGACUCUCACAGCAGUACUGCCAUCUCUAGCUCCUCCACCCUGUGGGCAGGUUUCAAGCUGGUGUGAGCCAUCAGCGGCUCAUUUUGCCAUCCUAUGCUGUGUCUAUGCACUGGUCGCCCUAGGUGCCGCCGGGACGAGCUAUAUCUACAUAGCCCUCGGCGCGGACCAGUUCGACAAAGCGAAGGACCAGGAAGCCUUUGUGAAUUGGUACUUCUUCGCGACAACUUUUGCGACCCUUAUCUCGUACACAGUUGUUGUCUACAUCUUGGACAAUGUGGGCUGGGUUUGGGGCUAUGGACUGUGCAUGGCGCUAAACGGCAUUGCCUUAGUCAUGAUCCUUCUAGGGCGAGCUCGCUACCGGGAUGUGAGACCACAGGGCAGCCCGUUUGUUAGCAUGGCUCGAGUGAUCGUGGGCGCGAGCCGAAAGAUCAAGGUUUUGCCGUCAAUGAAGGAAGAUGACUAUUACUCUGGUGAAGUACUUGAUGGAGCUGGAGCACUGCCAAAGAAUCCACCAUUAACUUCCAGCUUCAGGUUCUUGAACAGAGCAGCUCUGGUAACUAAAGGAGACGUCGACGAAGACGGCAAGCUAGCAAAGCCAUGGAGGCUCUGCACCAUGCAGCAGGUGGAAGACCUGAAGAAGCUCCUGAAAUUGCUCCCACUUUGGUCCACCGGUAUCUACCUCAUGGUCUCCUUCGGUGUCCAAGUCACGCUCACCACCCUCCAAGUCCUUGCCAUGGACCGGAGCUUGGGCCCUCACUUCAAGAUCCCCGCCGCUUCCUUCCAGGUCUUCCCCUUUCUCAGCAUGACCAUCCUUCUCCCCAUCGUCGACCGCUUUUUCUACCCACUUCUCGACAGAAUCCCCCGCAUCUCCCCCUCUCUGCUCCACCGGAUCGGCGCCGGACAUGUAGUAGCCAUUGCCAGCUUCGUGUCCAUGGCGGUCGCUGAAGCAAGAAGGCUCAACAUGAUGCACAGUCGAGGCGUUCGCACCGAGCAGACCUCUGCCCUCUUGUUGGUGCCGGCGCUUUUGCUCAACGGCAUCGCCUCGGCCUUCUUCAUACCCGGCCAGUUGAGUCUCUACUACCAGGAGUUCCCGGAGUCGCUCAAGGCGACCAGCACGGCGAUGAUGUCGUUGACCACCGGACUUGGGUUCUACCUCGGCGCACCGGUCUUGGGUGCGAUACGGAGGGUCACCGGCUGGCUACCGGAUGAUGUCAACCGGGGGCGUCUGGACAAUGUGUACUGGACAUUGGCUGUGUUGGGUGUGCUCAAUUUCCUGUAUUAUCUUGCGUGCGCAAAAGCCUACAGAUUGAAAGCGUGAUCAACCCGCUUUAAUUUCCUGAAUCCUUGUAGAACAAGAGGAAUGAAGAUGGGGAAAGUUGAUGUAUUCAAUAAUAGAGUUUACUUUUGUUUGUCCCAGUUUUUAGUUUGGUUUUUCUUUGCAGCU